AUGUGUGUUUCUAUUACAUCAUUUUGCUCACACUGCUCAAAUACUCAACACGGUGCCACUCCUAAUCCCUGUGCUCAGCCCGAUCAUUCCUACCGGUAUUGCACUAUAAGCCACGUAAUUUUCAUACCCAUGAAAAAACUAAAGACAAAACCAAAAAGCCCGCUGAUACUCUACGGCAAGACAUCAAACAACAAGUUCUACAAUCCGUUUCACACCCUUCCAACAUCACACACAUCAACACUCUUCAGCGUGCUGAAUUACCAGCUAUCACCCGCAUACAUAAAAACCAAGAACAGCAUCGUUUUCACCGGCCACAAAAUAUACGAAGACUUCAACUACGUGUAUUUCAAGGAAAAUUACCGAUGCAAGAAGAAACUGAUCGGUAAGGAUGUGUCAGUUUAUAGAGUGGUGAAUGGUUGUGAGGCUGUGCCGUACGUGCCUAUGAAAGACGAGAUUGGGUAUGUUUAUACAGGUGAGGAGAUGGAGCGUGAUAAAUUUCUUGCCAGGGCUAAUGAUUCUGAGCCUGAGUAUGUGGUUGAUGGCGUAAAGGUGAUUAUCAAGAGGAUUAACUUUGGGAGGAUUGAGAGCGUGCGGUUUGUGGUUGACGGAUGGAUGAGGGGAUACGUGCAGGUGGGAAAGAUAAUUGAUGAUGGGCAUGAGUAUGAGGUUAUGAAGGAGUGCAGCAUUGAUGUGGAAAAUGCUGAAAACCAUAAAAAUAGGAGUAGCACGGCUGUUCAUAGCAGUGCAAACGCUCUCUACCGGUACAAAUACGUGGUACAUAGGGAAGGUGUGAGCGGUGUGUUCUUAAGUAAUAGGAAGUAUCGGUUAAACGAUAAGCUGCGACUGAGGGUGUGCCGUUUUGAUGAUGGAAGGUACCUGUUCAAGGAGGACGAUAGCGUAGAUCUGAGUGUGGGAUGGAAUGAUGAAUGUGCCAACGAAACAGCUCAUGUCCCUGAUGUUGCCCACGGAUCGCUGCCCUGCCAAGUACCUGCUAGUUCUGAGAACGAUAAAUUACCGGACACAUCCCUGCCCGAUAUGACAGUGCAAAAUCUAAGAGAAAUGGAUCUGCCUGCAUUUCGAAAGAAGCUGAAUAAAUACAAAAGGAACCUUCUCGAACUCAAGGAUAUUUUCACCGGACAGAAGAACAUCGAAGUGUACAAGCAAAUAUUUCUUAUGCUCAAGACAAGGCGCAGUUACAUCGAGUACAUAAAAAGGGAUAACUCGGCCUUUCUUGAGUAUCCUAAGUACUACCACGUAGGUAUUGCUGUGCUAGAAGGCUAUGAUAGGUGGUUCGAAAAGAUCAAGCGAACGAAGAAGGUUUGGAUGGCAUAUUUGAAGAGGAGCGGUAAUGUAAACGUUGAGAGAUGUCUUGGCGAGAUGAAGGGCAAGGAAAGAGAGUUCUUCGUGGGAUAUUUUAGGAGCAUGGGACUUUUAAGCUGUGAGUAAGGGCUGCUGAGCGGUGAUGAGGGAGUAAAUGAGGACAAUUUUCAUGCACCUUGUUUCUAUUUAUAGUUUUAUGCAUAAAUGAAUCUUAAAUAAGAAUUACAAAUUUAAAUAAAACGGUUAUUGCAGGAA